CGUUAAACGUGUGUCUCUGCUGAUCUGAGCUCUGCGGUGCAGCAGGAACCUGCAUCCUCCCUGAAGCACCGCCAGGGCCUGGGUGACCCCUGUCCACGGUGAGGACCCCACAGGGACGUGCUGAUGGACGGGCUGAGGACGAAGGAGACCCAACGGGGAGGCUCUGAGAGGGAAGGACGUGCCCGGGUCACCCUCACCUGGAAGAGGUGUCUCAGGAAAACACUGGGUGUGUCAUGGGAAAGACAGCCAGGCUGUCAUGGAGAGGCAGUUCCCCUUCCUGUGGGGCUGCUGACGUGACAGCCCCGUGACGGGAGGACCAGCCUCCCAGAGGACACACCCUGUGGGUCUGUCUGUCCUGUGGGCACCGUGCUCUCCUCCGUCUGCACCGCCCGGACCACAGGGACGAGACGCCAUGACCCCCAGCCUCACGGCCCUGCUCUGCCUCGGGCUGAGUGUGGGCCUGGGCGCCCAGGUGCCGGCAGGGACCCUCCCCAAACCCAGCAUCUGGGCUGAGCCAGGCUCUGUGAUCCCCUGGGGGAGCCCCGUGACCAUCUGGUGUCAGGGGACCCUGGGGGCCCAGGAGUUCCGUCUGGAUAAAGAGGGAAGCUCAGCUCCCUGGUACAGAGAGCUCCCACUGGAGCCCGGGGACAAGGGCAAGUUCUCCAUCUCAUACAUGACACAGUCCGACGCAGGGAGAUAUCACUGUUCCUAUCACAGCCCCGCUGGCUGGUCAGAGCGCAGUGACCCCCUGGAUCUGGUGGUGACAGUGGCCCACAGCAAACCCACCCUCUCAGCCCUGCCGAGCCCUGUGGUGACCUCGGGAGGGACUGUUACCCUCCAGUGUGGCUCAUGGCAGGGAUGGGACGGGUUCAUUCUGACUAAGGAAGGAGAACCCAAGUCCUCCUUGACCCUGGAUGCACAGCGACGCCCCUAUCGGCAGACCCGGGCCCUGUUCUCCGUGGGUCCCGUGACCCCCAGUCACAGGUGGAUGUUCAGAUGCCACGGCUUUAACAGGGACACCCCCCAGGUGUGGUCGGCCCCCAGUGACCCCCUGGAGCUCCUGGUCUCAGGUGUGUCUGGGAAGCCCUCCCUCCUGACCCCGCAGGGCCCUGUCGUGGCCUCUGGACGGAGCCUGACCCUCCAGUGUCGCUCUGACGUCGGCUAUGACAGAUUCGCUCUGUCCCAGGAGGGGAGACAGGCCCUCGCCCAGCGCCCUGGCCGGCAGCCCCAGGCUGGGCUCUCUCAGGCCGACUUCCCCCUGGGCCCGGUGACCUACACCCACGGGGGCCGGUACACAUGCUACGGUGGACACAACCUCUCCUCCGAGUGGUCGGCCCCCAGUGACCCCCUGGACGUCCUGGUGGCAGGUGAGGAGCCGGCGGGAUGGUUCCCUGACACGCCCUCCCUCUCGGUGCAGCCGGGCCCCGUGGUGGCCUCAGGAGAGAACGUGACCCUGCUGUGUCAGUCAGGGAGCACAAGGGAAACUUUCCUUCUGUCCAAGGAGGGGGCAGCCCGUCCCCCACUGCGUCUUAGAUCAAAGUACCGAGGUCGGCAUUUCCAGGCCGAAUUCUCCAUGAGUCCUGUGACCUCAGCCCACAGUGGGACCUACAGGUGCUACAGCUCACUCAGCAGUAACCCCCACCUGCUGUCACACGCCAGUGCCCCCCUGGAGCUCGCGGUCUCAGGAGGCUCUGAAGUUGGGGUUCUUCCUCCCACGGAGCCAGGCCCGCAGACGGGUCUCAAAUGGUACCUGAACGUCCUGAUCGGGGUCUCGGUGGCCUCCGUCCUGCUGUUCCUCGUCCUCCUCUUCCUCCUCGUCCGACACCGGGGUCAGGGAAGACGCAGGAAGUCCGCCCGUGUGAGGGGCGGGGGUCGUAACAGUCCCAGGGCCGAGCCUCCGUCAUCUGCCCCAGCCCAGGGCGAGGCUGAUUUCCACCCUCCCGCAGGGGCUGCAGACCCAGAGCCCAAGGACAGAGGCCUGCAGAGCAGCUCCUGCCCAGCCGCCGCCGCCCAGGACCAGGCCCUCUAUGCUGCCGUGAAGGACACACAGCCUGAGGAGGCGGAGCAGCCGGACCAUCCGCAGAACAGGCAGGAUGCAGACCCCCGGGAGGGGACGUACGCCCAGGUGAACCACUCAAGAUCAAGACUAAGGCUGGGGGUGGCCACCUCUCUUUCCUCCCUAUCGGGGAGAUUGCUGGACACGAAGGACAGACAAGCGGAAGAGGACGUGCAGAGGGACAGUCAGGCCGCCGCAUCUGAAGCCCCCCAGGAUGUGACCUAUGCCCAGCUGAACCACUCGACCUUCAGGCGGGAGACUGCACCCCCUGCCCCCCAGUCAGGGGAGCCCCCAGAAGAGCCCAGCGUGUAUGCUGCUCUCGCCGUCCGCUAGCCCAGGAAGGACCCAGACCCCAUGCUCCAGGAAGGAAGACUGCACGGACCCCGGAAGGCACAGGAGCUGCCCGCAGUGGACACCACCUAACGACCCUUAGCCUGGACUCCCAACACAGACCACCAGGAGCUCCUGGGACCUUUUGGGAGUCACGGGAUUCUACCCUCAAAGAUACCUAAUAUCCUUACAUUUUAGAAAAAAACAACAGACUUCUCAAUUACCAAUGAUUUUGAAAAAGAAUAGCAAAUUAUUCCAAAUGAAGGUAGAAGCAGGGAAAUAACGAUGACAAGAGUAGCUACUCAUGAGGAUAAACAAGAAGUAGAGAAAAAUCAAUAAAGCUAAAAAACCUCAUUCCUGAAAGCAUUAAUCACACAUAUAAACCCGGGGACAGUGACCGAGGGAAUAAGAGAGAAGGCGCGCUUUACCGUCAUCGCGACACUACGGCAGGGCCUGCAGACUUUAUAGAAGUAAAGAAUUUUAUGAACAAUUUAUACCGUCAUAUUAGAAAAUGUAGGUGAAAUGGACAAAAAUUCUCAAAAAUAUAAUGUACCAAAAUGAUGGACAUUAGGAUAAAUAGAAAAUCUGGAUUGUUGUAUGUGUUAAAUAUAUUGACUUGUGAUUUAAAAUUUUCCCAAAAAGUGAACUCUAAGUGCAGAAGGCUUCACUGGUGAAUGCUUCUGAACACGUGUGCACUUAUGAAAUACACCCACACAGACACACACACACAUACCAAACUUACACAAACUUCUGCAGAGAAUAGGGAAGGAAAGGCAUCCUCCCCCCAACAACUUUUUUCGGGCCAGAAAAAAAUUGAGAACAAAACCUGACAAAGAAACUGCAAAAUGGGAAAAUCACAGG